CCGGCCGUUACGAAGGCUACGAAUGAAAAGUAAAAACAAAUAAUGGUGAACAAAAACACGACCAACUCGUGCUACGUGAGCUAAAACGAGAGAAUAAUUAAUUUCACAAUGGACGUCCUAUCGCGACCGGCAGAUGAAUUCGUCAACGAUGGCAUGGUGGAGGAGCUGUGGGCCAUGAAAGCCGUCGAGCACGCAGAGGUGCAUUUCAAUCUACUGUGCAGCGUUGAUCCGCGUCUGCUACAUCUUACGCCGUACGACAACGAAAUUUACGAAGAAUUCCGGAAGCAAUUCCCCGACAUGAACGUAGCCGUCGUGGACGAGAACGAGCUCAAGAGUCUGGAUGGUAAGGCCAAGUGGCGAGCCUACAUGGAGAAGUUCAACCGACUGGAGGACUACAGUUACGGGACGUUGUUGCGAGCCAGCGCUAGUGAGGAGUUUCACCCGGAGAAUGCCAUCCUGGUGGUUAGGAUCCAAUUCUGGGCGAUUGAAAUAGCGCGAAACCGAGAGGGACACAACGACUGCAUUAUGAAGAAGUUCAAGAGUCGCAGCAAAAAGGAGGAAUAGAUGUUCGAUUUACGCUAUUUAUUUGUA